AGAAAAUUAAGAAAGAAUCGUUAAUUGCUCCGAUUGACUGAAUUCUAUAAAGGGAAGAUAAACAGUGAAUUUGAAAGAGAAGAAACUUCAAUGGAAUCGCUAACAUCUAUUUCUCCUUCCAUAAUUCUCCCUCCGACCACCGCAACUACGAUCCCCGUUUCAACUUCACGAUCAGUGUUGAUUCGUCUUCGUCCCCACCGUUCUUCUUCCUUUUCCGGCUUGUCCAGCUCCGGGAGACGAAAUUCAAUUCCGAGAAGAAGACACUUCGUUAGCUGUAAAUCGACCGGCGGCGGAGGAGGAUCAGAUAAGCUUGGUGGCGAUGAAGAAGAGAGUGAGGAAGUUGAGCGAGCGCUUCACUUGGACGGUACGAUCCCUGGGACUUCCGAUGAGUUUGUAAGGCAAGUCUCUUCGCGUGCUUACGAGAUGCGUCGGAAAUUAGAGCAGACGUUUGAUUCCACCAGCUACGACGUGUUGGAGUCCAACCCAUGGAGAGGAGACUCGAAGCCGGUAUAUGUACUAACACACAGAGAAAACCAGAUCUGCACCAUGAAAACAAGAACGAACCACAGUGAAGUGGAAAAGGAGCUUGGGCUGUUGUUCCCUAGUAGGAUCAGCAACCAGAAUAAACAGUCUAGACCCAAAACUAAAUUCGAUAUGCUCGUAGAAGACAUUCGAGAUGGAGUACUGGUUUUCGAAGAUGUGAAUGAGGCUGUUCGAUACUGUGACCUAUUACAAGGUGGAGGAAAAGGGUGUGAAGGCGUCGCUGAGAUUGAGGCCUCAUCUGUUUUUGAUCUUUGCCGGAAAACAAGGUCUCUGGCAGUGCUCUUCCGCCGUGGAAGGACACCGCCCACACCUCAGACGCUGGAGCGUAAUCUGGGAUCCCGUAAGCGUUCUCUUGAGGACUUAAGGGAUAGUAAAUAGCUUGUGAAACAAUGUAGGUCUUAUUAAUUUUACUCACAAAAAUUUGAAAUACUUGUAUAAAUUAAACUGUAAUUA